AUGCCAAAGAAGCUGAAAAGUAAAGUCUACAAAACAGCAGUUGGAGCAGUACUUCUGUGUGGUACAGAAAUCUGGGCAUUCAAGGCAGAGCAGCUGUGGAAGCUAGAGGCUGGAUCCCUGCCAGUACCUGAAAAGAGUCUGAGUAGCCCAGAGAACUGGCUUCCCAAUGGGUCUUCAUUAGCAUCCCAAGUCCACGCUGCUGCUGUGAAUGGAGAUAAGGCCACUCUCCAGAAACUAAUAGCAGGAAACCCUGACCUAAAAGAUGCAGAGGAUCAAUUUGGUCGGACACCUUUGAUGUACUGUGUCCUGGCGGACAGGCUAGAUUGUGCAGAGGCUCUCCUGAAGGCUGGAGCAGAUGUUAACAAAGCAGAUCGCUCCCAGAGAACAGCACUGCAUCUUGCUGCUCAGAAGGGAAAUUAUCGCUUCUUGAGACUGCUUGUUCGGAGAGCAAACUCAAUGCAGAAGGAUUUGGAGGAGAUGACACCACUACACCUUGUCACCCGUCACAAGAAUCCUAAGUGCUUAGCAUACUUACUGAAGAAUACAGCUCCAGGUGAAGUAGACACACAGGACAAAAACAAGCAAACUGCUUUGCACUGGAGUGCGUACUACAACAACCCCGAACAUGUGAAGCUGCUUAUAAAACAUGACUCUAACAUUGGUAUUCCUGACAUCGAGGGCAAGAUUCCCCUCCACUGGGCAGCCAGUAGUAACGAUCCCAGUGCAGUUCACACUGUUAGAUGUAUCCUGGAAGCUGCACCAACAGAAUCGCUCCUAAACUGGCAGGAUUAUGAAGGACGAACACCUUUGCACUUUGCAGUGGCAAAUGGAAAUGAAGCAGUUGUCAGCAGCCUUAUUUCCUAUGAGGGCUGCAAUGUAACAUCAUAUGAUAACUUGUUUAGAACACCGUUACACUGGGCAGCUGUACUCGGUCAUGCUCAGAUUGUCCAUCUCCUUUUGGAACGGAAUAAGUCUGGUACCAUUCUGUCAGAUAGUCAAGGAGCAACUCCACUGCACUAUGCAGCUCAGAGCAAUUUUGCUGAUUCAGUCCAAGUAUUUUUGGAACAUGCUUCAGUGAAGGAUGACCCUGACCUGGAAGGCAGAACUGCUUUUAUGUGGGCAGCUGGAAAAGGCAGUGAUGAUGUCAUCAAGACAAUGUUGAGUCUGAAGUCAGAUAUUGACAUAAAUAUGUCUGAUAAGUAUGGUGGGUCAGCCCUUCACGCUGCUGCUCUUGCUGGUCAUGUUAGCACGGUAAAGUUGUUACUGAAACAUGGAGCUCAAGUGGAUGGUACAGAUGUAAUGAAGCACACUCCUCUUUUCCGAGCCUGUGAGAUGGGACACAAAGAAGUCAUACAAACUCUUAUUGAGGGAAAUGCACGGGUUGAUCUGGUUGACCAAGAUGGUCAUUCUCCUCUUCACUGGGCUGCUCUUGGAGGGAAUGCUGAUGUUUGCCAAAUACUCAUAGAAAACAAAAUCAACCCCAAUGUGCAGGAUUAUGCUGGGAGAACUCCUUUGCAAUGUGCUGCUUAUGGAGGUUACAUCAGCUGUAUGGCAGUACUAAUGGAAAAUAAAGCUGACCCUAACGUGCAAGACAAAGAAGGACGGACAGCUUUGCAUUGGUCGUGUAACAAUGGAUACUUGGAUGCUGUGAAACUGCUUUUGGGUUAUGGUGCCUUCCCUAAUCAUAUGGAGAACAGUGAGGAAAGAUACACACCACUAGAUUAUGCUUUGCUUGGAGAGCACCAUGAGGUAAUACAGUUCAUGCUGGAACAUGGUGCAUUGACUAUAAGUGCCAUUCAGGACAUUGCAGCUGCCAAGAUCCAGGCAGUUUACAAAGGGUAUAAAGUCAGAAAGGCUUUCCAGGAGAGGAAGAACCUCCUGAUGAAACAUGAACAACUAAGGAAGGAUGCUGCUAAAAAACGUGAGGAAGGAAAUAAGAAGAAGGAAGCUGAAUUACAGGAGAGGAAGAAAGUGAGAGAGGCUGAUGUAAAAGCACAACCUUACUCUGCCUGCAAAUCCUUGACUCACACAGAAAUUGCAGAUAAUGACCAAGCUAUUAGGUGGUAUGAAGAGAAUAAUGAGAGCCCAGAUGAUACAAAAAUUAAGAUAUCAGACAGGACCAUUGACCUACCAUUAGCUUGUCAAUCCAAACAACCCAUAAAGAACCGACCCCGGUCCACAGACAGCAGAAAUGGACAUUCCCAAAGUAAAAAAGAACCUUUCUGCAAGAGUUCCAGAUGCAAGUCAGCCAGUGGCUUUUCUGAUGACAGAGAAAGACCGGAAUCUAAAUGCUGUAUUAACAGUACCCCAGUGGAGCAGGCUUCUUGCUUAGCUUAUGACUUAAGUGAUGUAGUUAAUUCUUCUGAGCAGCCGAGAGGCAUAGACAGCCAAAAUGCUAGCUGCAGGCUGGUCAGAGCUGCCCAGAAAAGGAAAGAUCACCACAAGACUGCACUGUCAUCCAGUAGUGUAAAAAACAUCAGUUUGAAACCGUCUUCUGAUAUUGUAAGCCAAUGUACUCCUGACGGAAAGAGUCCCACAGUAUGUUUUAGUGGAAUAUCAUCAAAUAAAGUGAACAAAUCAAAUGGAACAAAAAGUGGACACAACCAUGAACGCCCCCUUCCUGCUGGUUCCAGUAGACCUGGAAGUGCUAAAACAGUUAGUAACACUGAUGUGUCAGGGGGUGACACACCAGUUAGAAGCUCAACACCUGACAAAUCAACCCAUGAAUCACUUCCUCCACCACCUCCGUCUUCUGAAUGUCAGGCAUCUCACAGUUUUUUCUUAAGUAGCCCACUUCUUACUGCAUAUACCGAACAUGACAUAAGCAAAGAAGUGGGCAGGACAAAUACACCAAGACUUGCAAGUGCAGAUGCUCGGCACCUGUGUUCACUUCCACUGCAGAACUCCAGCAUUGAACUAAUCCCACUGGAAACUCGAUUGCAGUUAGUAGAAAAAGAAAGAAUGAGGAAGGAGCUAUUUCGGAAGAAAAAUCAUGCAGCUACAGUAAUUCAGAGAACCUGGAAAAGUUAUCAGCUACAGAAGGAGAUGUUUCUUCUUCGUAUUCAACAUGAUAGAGGUGAAGAUCAUGAGAAAUGGAAGAGAGACAUGACUCUCUUUUGUGUCCAGCUUGCCUGGAAGAAUUACCUGAAAAACAGUAUUUCAAGCUCAAUCCGAAGUAAAAGUACAAAAUCGGCAAGCCGGAGUUCGUCAUCGAAACCAAGCAAACAACAUUCUAUCCUAAGGCAAAUUUAUGGGGUUUCCCAGGAAGGAAGAGGACAUCAUGUACCCCCUGUGGCAUCAAGGAAUAAACUGAUGUCUAGAGAGAGCUCUUCGAAUAAUACUUCAAGAAAAAUCCACUCAUCCCUAAAUGCUGCUGUAGGUUACAGAAGUUAUUCACAGAUCUUACACAGCCUUCAGGGUCUCAGCACAGAAGCUCACAUAAGCAACAUGCAGUAUGUUCAUCUUUUGGAAAAUGUGGGAAAAUCAAAGAAAUUUUCUUACAACAUGCAGCCUGGCACUGCAGGAAAAACAAAGAAGAAUAAAUCCAAAGACUGUGCUAGGACAGAAGCAUGCAUUACCUCUGACAAAGUGUGAUCUAGAAACAUGCUCAUCUUCUUUUGCCUUACUAAAACACACAUUGGUACCAGAUUUUAUUAUCUGUAAGAGGUGUGUAUUUUCAGAACAUGCAGUCCAUUCAGUAUAUUGCAUUUCACAAAAUGUAUAUGAAAUAUAAUUAGUGUUUUAUAAUUAAAAGCCAUUUUAUGUUAA